CCUCCACCGCCGGCAGUCGGUACUGCGCUGACCCGGCCCGCUUUGGCAAACCGCUUCACCCGCCAGCGGACACGCCGUCGUCGCCGUUUUUUUUCUCGCCUUAAUGAAGCGGCGAUUCCGUUGAAAUGAGUCCGAGGAAGAGACACGUCCUGCUGCUGUGGAUGCUGGUCUGCUCCUGCGCGACGGAGGCCAUCGAGCCCAUUAGCACCAGCAUAGCGGUCGGCAUGGCUGCGGCUCUCACCGGGUUUUUAGCCAGCUACCAGAACAUUUUCUACUAUUUCCACGAGUGCUGUCGACCCGAGUGGAUUGCUUUUAACAGGACAGGCCUCCAGCUCGACCUGCAAACCAAACUGUUCGGACAGCACAUCGCGUCACGCAUCAUCCUGAAAGCUGUGACCGGAUUCAUGAGCAACGACAACCCCAAGAAGCCCCUGGUGCUCUCUCUGCACGGAUGGACCGGAACCGGGAAGAACUUUGUUAGUCAGCUGAUUGCUGACAACAUUUACAAAGAGGGAAUGGACAGCAGCUUUGUUCAUGUUUUUACAUCUGAACUCCACUUCCCACAUUCAAGUCAUCUGAAUACCUACAAGUCUCAGCUACAGCAGUGGAUCAAAGGCAACGUCACCAACUGUGGACGCUCCAUGUUCAUCUUUGAUGAGAUGGACAAGAUGCAACCUGGCUUGAUUGACAGCAUAAAACCGUACCUUGACUACUACGAAAAGCUGGAUGGAGUUUCUUAUCGGAAAGCCAUCUUCAUCUUCCUCAGCAACGCCGGAGGGGAGGGCAUCAUACAGGCCGCGUUAGACUUCUGGACAGCAGGACGAGAUCGAGAAGAGCUGGAGCUAAAAGAUCUGGAAACGGUGCUCUCUGUAUCAGUGUUCAACAACAAGAAAAGUGGUUUGUGGCAUACGAGUUUGAUCGACAAGAACCUGGUGGACUUCUUCGUCCCCUUCCUGCCUCUGGAGUACCGGCACGUCGUCGAGUGCGCCAUGGCCGAGAUGAAAGCCAGAGGAGUUCCACCCAACCACAACGUGGCAGACCAGGUGGCCAAAGAUGUGGUGUAUUUCCCCAAAACCGAGAGAGUGUUCUCUGUCAAAGGCUGCAAGACGAUAUCCAGCAAGUUGGACUACUACACAUAACGGCGUCAUCCGAUGGACGCCGCGUUCGAUCAGAUUGUGCACUUAAAAAAAAAAAGAAGAAUAAAAAGAAAAUUGGGAAAGAACGCUCUCGGCCAAGUGACUGAAGAGAGGAAGUCAGCCUGACUGAACUCUGAGGAGGAUCCACUGGUGCUUUCCCUGUUUGACCUUGUGAAAGAAUGGAGGAUUUCAUCGGGCCUUCUCCGAUUCUACAAAUGGUUAACACUGAACGCAGGAGAGCAGCGCCGGCUGAAUUAAAUAAUUAUAAGACUGGAAUGUUUUCCUUUGUAGGUGUUGAAGGGGUGCUGUCGCUGCUUAUUGCGGCGCCACAGUUUGAGUCUCACGGGCGUUUUAGCUUUCCUGAGCUUCUUAAUUACGGCAUGUUGCUGUUGUGCAUUUUCUUUUUUUUAAUGUUCAGCUCCAUCUAUAGGGAUUACUGGAAACACCUGCCUUAAUUCUUUUUUAAUUUCACAAUUUGCAUUUUUUGUUUAGAUCUAUAGAGUUGUAGACAUGCGUCCACUUUACAUGUAAAAUGCACAUGUGACCAUCAACGUUGGCCUUCAUGUCACCAUUCAACAGAACAUGUUUUAUAAGUAUCAUAUUGAAAUAAACAUCAGCAGGAUAUGUUUUCUACGCCG